AUGAUGUUUUGGUCAACAAAGACAGGCAUAAGUGCCAAUUAUUCAUUUUCAUCGUCCCCUACUUUUUCUGCAGAACCAUGGAGUAUAUAUACCGCAAGACCCAAAUCUGGUUCCAAUUCAUCUAUUCCUCCAAAAGUGUCAGUAUUUAUGUUCGAUAAGAAACAAUAUGAAAAUUAUUUAUUGAAUUAUGGUAUCAUUAAAUCACGUUCUUCUUCAGCAGACAAAAAUAUACUUGAAGAAGGUUAUGAAGUGCUUCGUAAUCAAGUCAGUAAUUUAGCGAAAAUGAAACAUCCAAAUAUAUUGACAUUAAUUGAACCUUUGGAAGAGCACAGUAAAAACUUCUUAUUUGUUACAGAAUAUGUUACUGGGUCAUUAGAAACUGUAUUUUCUAAUCCUGAUGAAGAACAAAAUUUCUUGCAAGGUCAUGUCAAAGAAGACGUUAUUAUCCAUAGAGGUAUUUAUCAAAUGGUUCAUGCAUUGGAUUUCAUACAAAAUAGAGCUUUGUCAGUCCAUAUGGAUAUUCAACCAAGAUCUGUCUUUAUCAAUAAAAAUGCAGAUUGGAAAUUAUCCGGGUUAGGGUUCUUAGUCAAAUUACCUAAAGAUACACAACAAGCAGAACAUUUCUUACCACAAUAUGAUCCAAGAAUUCCUGCAUUUAUGCAUAUUGAUUAUAACUACACAGCUCCAGAAAUUGUAUUGGAUAACUCUGUGUCUUUUAAAAGUGAUUUUUUCUCCCUAGGUUGUUUAAUAUAUUUAUUAUAUUCUGGUCAAAAUUUAUUAAAUACAGAAAACUCUUCUUCUGAAUAUAAAGAUGAAUAUAUCAAAUUUGAAAGAAAAGUGAGUACCAUGUCAUGGGAUACAGUUUUUGCUAAAUUACCUGUCAAAUUAAGACAAUGUAUUCCAAAACUGAUGAAUAGAGAUCUUUAUUCACGUUACGAUAGUAUCACAGAUUUCUUAGAUAGUGAUUUUUUCAAAGAUCCAAUGAUUAGAACUUUAAAUUUCUUGGAUGAUUUGCCCACAAAGAGUAACGAAGAUAAAUUAAUCUUUUUAGAUGGAUUAUCUGAAUUAUUACCCAAAUUCCCCAAUUCUUUAUUACAAAGAAAAUUUUUAUCAGUGUUGUUAAAUUUAAUUAAUCAAUUAUGUGCAGAAAAAUCACCCAAUGCACGUUGUAUAUCAGUAGAUUUUGAUAUCAUCAUCAAAAUUGGGGCAUCGUUAUCUCAAUUAUCAUUCCAAGAACGUAUUUAUCCAAUAAUUUCAAGUAAAAUUGUUUUCCCUGUAUUAUUGAAAUAUGCAAAUAUAUCAUUUAUUGAUAACUUGGCCAUCUUAAAGGAAAAAAUUAAACAACAAGAUUUCUUAGAGGGAGUCUUAAAGCCAUUAUUAACUCAUGUAUUACAAGAUAUGGAUGGUGAUGCAGCAGUGUUGCCACAAGAAAAGAUCUUGGCAGGAAUGCCAUUAAUUUUGGAAACUUUAGAUUUUUUGACUGUUAAAAAUUUCUUGUUACCGCUAAUUUCUAAAUUAUUUACUAAAACAACAAGUUUAAAAGUUAAAAUCACUUGUGUUUCAUGUUUCAGCUUAUUAAUUGAAAAGAAAACAAUUGAUAAUUAUAUUGUCUGUGAUGAUAUUUUACCAUUAUUCAAAUCGAUGAAAAGUCGAGAUGCUAGAAUCUUGGGUAAAUCACUACAAUUAUUUGAAAUAAUACCGACAGUGGUUACAGAUGAAAACGUUUUAGUGGAACAAUUAUUGCCUUUAAUGUGGAAUUAUUCUAUGGCACAAACUUUAAAUAGUAAACAAUAUUCCGACUAUACAAAGGUAAUUAAUAAAUUAUCUAUUGAAAUUCAAAAUAAUCAUUUAUCAACAUUACAAAAGACUACCACAAAUGAACCAAAUAAUGGAGCCAGAUCAUUUAAUAGAAUUAUAGAGCCAGAAUUAGAAACCAAAAAAAUAGAUAAAGAAGAAGAAAUAGCCAAAAACAUCCAUGCCCCCGUUAUGGAACCCACCAGGACAAUUUCAGGUGGAAAUUCGAAAUCUCUGAAUUCAAUGAGAAUGCAACAAGAACAAAAUAAACAACGUUCAAAUAAACCAUCUAUUUUAACAUCAAGAACAAAUAAUAGCAAUAACUCUAAAAACAAUAUGACUCCAAUGAACUUAAACAAACAAAGUCCAUUAAUUCAAAGCAAUUCAAAAUCAUCGAGCUAUGACACUGUCAAGACACUUUCUUCAAAGUUACCUGUACGUGAUACACAAGCUACCAAUUCGUUCGGAAGAACCACUACUAAUUCUUCGUAUAAUUCAGUAUCGGGAUCUUCAUUAUCUAAUCUAGACAUCAAUAAUAACUAUACCUCUACCCAUAUGCAUACAACUAAUAUGGUUAAUACUAAUACCAGUAUUUUACAACCUCAAAAUAACAUCAAUGCAAAUACAUAUGGUUCAAAUAACAAUUCAUCACUCCCACCAGGAUUUUCUUUUGCCUUGCAACCAAAUAAAAAGCCAGACAGUAGACAGACGAGUUCUACUAUGAAUAGUAAUACGACCACUAAUAAUAAUAAUAAUAAUAAUAAUAAUAAUUAUAAUACUGGAAGUUUUGGAGAUUCACUUAUAUAG